CAAGAAGCGCUUUUAGAGAAGAAACAUGGCGGCCGCUGCGCUCGUUAGACGUCCUGCGAGUGUCCUUCCCAGGUUUUCAAGUUCCUGCUCCCCUGUGGUGCUAUCAGCCGUCCCUGUGACAGUCCAGCAGAGAACGGUCCACCAUGCUGUCAUCCCCAGAGGGAAAGGGGGGCGCUCCUCCUCCAGUGGGGUAGCAGCCACAGUCUUCGGAGCCACCGGCUUCCUGGGAAGAUAUGUUGUCAACCGCCUGGGUCGUAUGGGUUCUCAGAUUGUGAUUCCUCACCGGUGUGACCAGUAUGACCUCAUGUAUCUCAGGCCCAUGGGGGAUCUAGGACAGAUCAUCUUUAUGGAGUGGGAUGCCAGGAACAAGGAUUCUAUCAGAAAAGCAUUGGCUCACUCCAAUGUGGUCAUCAACCUGGUGGGACGAGAGUGGGAAACCAAGAACUAUCCCUUUGAGGACACCUACGUGAGCAUCCCUCAGCAGAUUGCCAAAGCCACCCGGGAGGCAGGCAUCACAAAGCUGAUCCAUAUAUCUCACCUCAACGCUGACAUCCGCAGCCCCUCCAAAUACCUUAGGAAUAAGGCAGUAGGUGAGACGGCUGUGAGAGAUGAAUUUCCUGAUGCCAUCAUCAUGAAGCCUGCUGAGAUGUUUGGAAGGGAGGACAGAUUCUUCAACCAUUUUGCCAACAUGCGCUGGUUUGGGAAAGCUGUGCCUCUCAUCUCCAUGGGGAAGAAGACGGUGAAGCAGCCUGUUCAUGUGGUGGAUGUGGCCAUGGCUAUCAUCAACGCCAUCAAGGACCCUGAUGCCAAUGGCAAGACAUAUGCACUAGUUGGACCAAACCGUUAUCUCCUUCAUGACCUGGUGGAGUACGUGUAUGCUGUGGCACACAGGCCCUUUGUGCCCUACCCUCUCCCACGCCCUCUCUAUCAUCUUGUUGCACGUUUCUUUGCAAUGAACCCAUUCGAGCCUUGGACAACUCCUGACAAAGUAGAUCGAUUCCAUACCACAGAUAUGAAGUAUCCAGGGCUUCCUGGCUUGGAGGACCUAGGCAUUAUCCCUGCCUCCAUAGAGAAGAAGGCUAUCGAGGUCCUGCGUCGCCAUCGCCGCUUCCGCUUCUUGGAGGCUGAGUUGGCCGAUACCAAGCCAGCCAAGACAGUCAACUAUUGAGUAGCCCGUCUUGUCUGACUGCCCAACACCACCACCAUAGCCACAGGCUGAUCCUCCUAUACAACUGUGCUGUCUUCUUUUACAAAUACUCUGUACAUAAAUAAAUAACAGAUGAUCGUCUAAAACUA